AGCAGUUGACGUUUGAGGUUUCUUUUUUCCAUUUUUCUCAUCCCGCCUUUCUCUCUCUCUGAAAACCCUAAGCCCUCUCGGCUUCUUCCUCUCUGACACCGGAGUUUGCUCUGGCCAGAUUGAUAAUCUGUACCAAGACAUUUCACAAGUUCGCUGGUUACCCGAAGCGAGACUAGAUCACAGUCGGAAAAUGGCAGAUAUUGAUCUUCCUUCUAGGCUUUUUGCAGACAGAGAAGAACCUGCCGGUGAUCGGGUUAACAUGUCUCUGAUUAGGCCACCUCCCGGUGUGACGCCUUACUGGUUUACCCUUUUCGGUGGGGAAAAUUAUUUCACCGGCGAGAUGUUGUUGUCGAAGCUGCAGAAAUCUAAGGCUUUAACCAGCGAAUUGCGGGUUAAGUAUGCAUGCUUGUUGCUGGUAGAUGGAUUUCUUGGUCGGCGCUCGUUCCACAUGAUGAUUCCGAGGGAGCAUGUUGAGAUGAUUCGGGAUUUGGAUGUGUUUUUGAAAUAUCCCUGGGGUCGGUACAGUUUUGAUAUGACGAUGCAAUGCAUUAAGUCUAGAUCUUUACUUCAAUUGGCUCAGGCCACUGUUGCCAUCCAAGGUUUUAUACACGCUUUGGUCCUUGUAUUUGUGGAGGCUAUUCCGGCCGUUCUUUCAGUAGGUUGUGAUAGAACCGAACCGGAAUCCGACGAUGAAGAAAUGUUCCAUGUAAUUUCUUUGAAAUUAGAUAAAGUGUGGGAAUUGGAUGGAGAAGAUCAGGUCGAUGUUCUGUCUAUCAUACCUUCGGCUGAUGUUGUCACCGGGGUGGAAGAUUGCGGUUGGGUUGAUGAGGUAAGUGACCCCAGUGUUCACGUAUUGUUAAAGCGCCUUGAAGAAGGUGUCAAGUCCAGCCGUCAGAUGUUUGUUGGUGGUAUUAGAGGUUGGGGUCAAUGAUUCGAGGGACAACUCUCCGCUGCACCCGUUGUCUUUC